AUGCGCCGUGAUGUGCAGAUAUUGUGCGCAUUACAGUUCAUCAAUCUUGCUACUUGCCCUGCGCUGCUUUCCGCCUUCUUCCUAGUAUCCCCUGCGCUCCCUUCUAUCCACCUCUUUGCCAUCCCCCUUGCCUCUCCUCAGGAUUCUGCUCCCGCAAGACACGUGUCGCCCGGCGACGGAAGCCCUUCAUCGCCGCAUUCCCCGGGUGCGCGUCGCAUCGCUACAGCUUCAAGGAUCGCCGCAUUCAUCGGGUGCGUCGCUCUGCUCGGCGCGCUCUGCCUCCUCGCGCCGCGCCGAACCGCCUUGGAGACACGUGCUGACGAUGCCGUCGAGAUUAGCAGCAGCAGAAGCGCGGCUGUUCGCUUCUUCGCGUUCGGCGACUGGGGUCGCAACGGCACGUUCAACCAGUCGCUCAUCGCACAGCAGGUGCGACGCACGCCCUUUCUCAUCGUCCUUCACGCUAUGGGUGCAGUGGGGCAACAAAUGGUCCCUCAGUUUGUGGUGUCGGUGGGGGACAACUUCUAUGACGAGGGGCUGACAAACGUGAACGAUGACAAGUUUGCGCGCUCCUUCACCAACAUCUACACGCACCGCAGCCUGCAGGUCCCCUGGUACGCAGUGCUGGGCAACCACGACUACUACGGCAACGUUCUCGCUCAGCUGCACCCAGCCCUCGCCAACAGGGACCCGCGCUGGGUGUGCCGCCGCAGCAUGGCGCUCUCGCUGCCGCUCUGCCCCUCCGCUAGCGUUGACUGCGUUGACCUGGUUGACCUGUUCCUGUACGACACCACGCCCCUCGUCCCCGCGUACCGCCACAAGCAGGGGCGGCGUGUGGACUGGCGCGGACUCAACACCGCCAACUGGACACAGCAGGAGACCACGCAGCUGCAGGAGCUGGAGGGGUGGCUGGGCAACUCUCGGGCGCGGUGGAAGGUGGUGGUGGGGCACCACCCGGUGUUCAGCUACGGGCACCACGGCCACCAGCAGGAGAUGAUCCACCGCGUCAAGCCGCUGCUCGAGCGCUACGGAGUGGAUGCAUAUCUAAACGGGCACGACCACAACAUGCAGCAUGUGAAGAAGGAUGACAGUCCAGUGCACUACUUCACGGUGGGGGGUGGAUCCAAGGCAUGGCGCAGCGACGCCCCCUCACAAGCCCCCGGGCUGCGUUUCUACUUCCCAGGCCAGGGCUUCAGCGCCCUCCAAGUGGACAGGGAUAGACUCUCAGUGGCCUUCUAUGGGGUGGACGGCCAGCAGAUGUACUCCACUACUUUGAGAAAAUGA